CGCCCCUCUCCAUUUCGAUUUCCCCUCACUCUGCACAAGAAGCGAGCGACAAAGAGAGAGAGAGAGAGAGAGAGAGAGAGAGAGUACACCCAUCCAAUUUAGGGUUAGGGCGGCUCCUAAUCAUCAUCUCCUGGCUCCUGAUCUCUCUUCUCGAUCUGACUAGACGGAAGAAGACGCAGUAUCAAAAACAUGGGCGCGAAUUCGGUUCCGGCGGACGCAACACUCGAUCUAGAUGAGCAGAUCUCCCAGCUCAUGCAGUGCAAGCCUCUCUCCGAGCAACAGGUCAGAGCAUUAUGCGAGAAAGCUAAGGAGAUCUUGAUGGAUGAAAGCAACGUCCAGCCUGUCAAAAGUCCAGUAACAAUCUGUGGUGAUAUUCACGGACAAUUCCAUGAUCUUGCAGAGCUUUUCCGUAUUGGAGGAAUGUGCCCUGAUACCAAUUAUCUAUUUAUGGGAGACUAUGUCGACCGUGGAUAUUAUUCUGUCGAAACUGUUACGCUGCUAGUUGGCUUGAAAGUACGGUAUCCCCAGCGAAUCACUAUACUUAGAGGAAAUCAUGAAAGUCGUCAGAUUACUCAAGUUUAUGGAUUUUAUGAUGAAUGCCUGCGAAAGUAUGGAAAUGCAAAUGUUUGGAAGAUAUUCACAGACCUCUUUGACUAUUUCCCACUGACAGCCUUGGUGGAGUCGGAAAUAUUCUGCCUUCACGGUGGAUUGUCGCCGUCUAUCGACAACAUUAGGAACUUCGAUCGAGUUCAAGAAGUUCCACAUGAAGGGCCGAUGUGCGACUUAUUAUGGUCUGAUCCUGAUGACAGAUGUGGGUGGGGAAUCUCUCCUCGUGGUGCCGGAUAUACAUUUGGUCAGGACAUUUCCGAACAAUUCAACCACUCUAACAGCUUAAAACUGAUUGCUCGAGCGCAUCAGCUGGUUAUGGAUGGGUUCAACUGGGCACACGAGCAAAAGGUGGUUACUAUCUUCAGUGCACCAAACUAUUGCUAUCGCUGCGGAAACAUGGCCUCCAUCCUCGAGGUUGAUGACUGCAGGAACCACAACUUCAUUCAGUUUGAACCAGCCCCAAGGAGAGGAGAACCAGAUGUGACCCGAAGGACACCCGACUACUUCCUAUAAACAAGAAGUCACCUCCUCUCAGCUGCAUAGCCCGGUUGUUGGUUUUUGAAGAUCUCUGCUUAUUCUAGUUGGUACAACGCAUUUGUGUUCCAGCUUGCUUCUCUUUAAAAUCGAUUUAGCCUUGGAAUAGUGUAAUAUAGGCGACGAGGUCAAUGAACUUAAAACCCCCCAUGAAUGUUUGUGUUUGGCUUAAAUUGUUCAGCUCCCUUCUGCAUCAAAAUCUGUUUCAUGUGAGAGAUUAUUUUUAACAUAUUUUCUUGUAAUCAUUCCGUUUAAUUACUGCUUUUGCACCCUUUUGAUAUA